AUGUUCCAUUUUAGGCUCGCCACAGCGCUCAAGGAGUUGUUUAAAGCCAACCUCAAGUCUCCCUCCGCCGGUUGGCUCACGAGUCGCCGCCGGUGCUCGCGCACCUCUUCCUCAGCAAGUCUCAACCUCCUCAAUGGCCUCGGGUACCGGGCGGCGGCGUACCCGGCGGGGUUUGCCCAGGUCCGGCCGUACUGCGUGAAGGCGGGGGGCGAGCUGAAGCUGGACGAGCCGAAAAGGCAGGGCGAAACGGCUGACAAGAGAAGAAAUCCCGGCAUCCUGCCUAGUCUGGAGGACUUGCUUUUCUACACAGUCGCAGAAGGUCAAGAAACCGUACCGGCUCAUAAAUUCCUCACAGCUCUUAAAGCCACAGGACUUCGCACGGGAGACCCCAGACUAAAGGAAUGUAUGGAAACACUCAAAGAGACUUUAAAGAACACUGCAGAUGGUGUCACACUGGAUAGGCACCAGUUCAAGAAGUGUGUCCAGAGCAACAUUGUCCUGCUUACGCAGGCCUUCCGCAAGAAGUUCGUCAUCCCAGACUUCCAGUCCUUCACCUCCCACAUUGAUGAGCUAUACGAGAGUGCCAAAACGCUUUCUGAGGGGCAGGUCGCUGACUACAUUCCUCAACUUGCCAAAUUCAGUCCGGACAUGUGGGCUGUCUCUCUGUGCACAGUGGAUGGCCAGAGACACACAGUGGGUGAUACCAAAGUCCCCUUCUGUCUGCAGUCAUGCGUCAAACCUCUGAAGUACGCCGUCGCCGUACACGAUCAUGGCACGGAAUAUGUGCACAGUUUCAUCGGGAAGGAACCCAGCGGCCUGCGUUUUAACAAGCUCUUUCUGGAUGAAGACGAUAAGCCCCACAAUCCGAUGGUGAACGCUGGCGCGAUUGUUUGUACUUCCCUGAUAAAGCAAGGGGAAGGCAAUGCAGAAAAAUUUGACUAUGUGAUGAACUUCUUGAAAAACAUGGCGGGAAAUGAGUACGUUGGUUUCAGCAACGCCACAUUCCAGUCUGAGCGAGAGUCAGGGGACAGGAACUUUGCCAUCGGAUACUACUUGAAGGAAAAAAAGUGUUUUCCUGAGGGGACAGACAUGACAUCUGUACUGGAUCUCUACUUUCAGCUGUGUUCCAUUGAAGUGAACUGCGAGAGCGCCAGUGUCAUGGCCGCCACCCUGGCUAACGGCGGCAUCUGUCCCAUCUCGGGCGAGCGCGUUCUCAGUCCCGAGGCCGUAAGAAACACGCUCAGCCUCAUGCAUUCCUGCGGCAUGUACGACUUCUCCGGACAGUUCGCCUUCCAUGUGGGUCUGCCGGCAAAGUCGGGUGUAGCAGGUGGGAUACUGCUGGUGGUGCCCAACGUGAUGGGAAUUAUGUGCUGGUCGCCACCCCUAGACAAGAUGGGCAACUCUGUCAGAGGGAUUCAGUUUUGCACGGAUCUGGUGGAACUUUUUAAUUUCCACAAUUAUGACAACUUGAGGCACUUUGCGAAGAAGCACGAUCCGCGCCGAGAGGGAGGGGAACAGCGGGUCAAGUCUGUCAUUAACUUGCUGUUUGCUGCCUACACAGGAGACGUCUCUGCGCUGAGAAGGUUCGCCUUGUCGUCAAUGGACAUGGAGCAGAGAGACUAUGACUCCAGAACGGCCCUCCAUGUGGCAGCGGCUGAAGGUCACAUGGAGGUCGCACGUUUCCUGCUGGAGGCUUGUAAGGUCAACCCCGUCCCUAAAGACAGGUGGGGAAACACACCUAUGGACGAGGCAGUCCACUUCGGCCACCACGACCUGGUCGCCGUCCUGCAGCCGUACGCCGAUAAACAACGGCCGGCUGACGACACCGGCGACAAAGAGAGUGUGGAGAAGAGUCUGGACAGUUUGCUUUAG